CCUGUACGGAUUUUUGUUUUGUCUAUAUCAGGCGCUGUACUUGGAUUUCUGCGUUGUCGCUAUGUCUCGAGCCUCCAAGUUAACAUUGGCCUGCACCGGCCUCGGCACAGCCGGGAUCGUCUACUUUGUGCACUGGUCUCAGGUGCAAGAGAAGGCUGCCAUGCACCGCGGCGUCGAGCGCGACGUCGAAAAGCAGCGCGUCCGCCUCGAACGACAAGCCGACUUCGACAUGCAAAAGGCCCUCGAGGAGGAGUAUCGGAAAAUGCAGAGUGUGUCGCCUAGCGGGGCGGGGCCAGGGACGGGGACAGGAACAGCAGGGGCGUCAAACACGGGACAGGCGACGUGACCUGGUUGUACACUGGCUGGACAGGACGGCCGGUGGUGGUGUGGUUAUAGACGCUCGGUGUGGUGCUGCAUAUGCUGCAUAUCCUGUGCUGGGCUGGGCUUAG